GUCGCCUUGGAAGUGUUAAUGGGUGGUUAUGACGCUCAAGGAAAGAAGGUCGCCCUCAGCUCAAGGUGUCGUGGUGGCUAUCAGAGUCUAUCAUUGAUGACUCCUUCAGCAGUUCAGCGGGCGGAAGCGAAGGCGGGAGCGGGUCCGUGGUAUCUAACACUCUUAUUAUCAACCCGCUGACUCGCGCCCACGCCCACUCCGUACUCACCUGCAAGGCCGCCACCGCCCCCGUAGCAGUCACCACCACCAAAGUUACCAUAGAUAUGUACCAAGGACGUGACGGGCGUGGGCGGGAUGAGCAGGGUCCGCGUGGCUGUACAGAGGCGUGACAACGAGGCCCGGAUCACCUGCCGCGUCAGCAACCCACAGCUGCCUCUACACACCCUGCAGGACCAUGUGGUGAUCAACGUGACGUCGUCCCUCAGAGAGCAAGGGGGACUCGGCGUCAUCCAGCGACAACCACGUCAAAUCGGGCGCGGGUGACGGUGAAGGCGGUGGGGGGCGCGACACAGUGUCGGGGCGCGUUGGGGGACGCGAGGCGGUGCCGCUGCAACCCAUCAUCCGCCAGCCGUCGCGCCCCAUCAUCAAGGAGAACAGCCGUUCCUCAGACAAUGGCAAGGCGUCGCAGGGGCGCACGGUGCUGUUCGUGGAGCCGCCUAAGCCCGCGGCGGGCAUCCUGGUCAACAAGAACGAGGUGCCGCGCACCAGCCACGAGACGCUCUAUCCCUCGCGCCGCAGCCUCAAGGGACCCAACGGCGACGUGGGGCCGCACGGCUACGGCUCCCGCGGCUCCUACCCCGAGACGCUACACACCUUGCACGUCUCCAGCCGCGGCUUUGACGCUUACGGCGACCGCGACCGGGACCCGCACCUGUAACGGGACCGCGAGGUGCCUCUGGGCCGUUACCGCAGCGUGUCCGACGACCGCGGCCACGGCGGAGACCUACUGGCGCCGCAGUACCUCUCCACCUCCUCCACCUCACUAGGGCGCGAGGGCCCCUACGGCUCCCCGCUGGGCCUGUUCCGCAUGCCCGGCACCUCGCCGCCCUACUGCUCCAGGGACUUGGGCCGCGACCUGCCCAGGGACAGAGACCGAGACCGCGACCCGCGGGACCACCCCAGGGACCGCGACCUGCACCGCGAACUCUCCCGCGACCUGCCCCGGCAGCGUGACCUGCCGCGGGACUUGGCCCGGGAGCGUGAUCUGGGCAGGGAGCGUGACCUGCCCCCCAAGCGAGACCUGCCGCCCCGGGACAGGGACCACCCCCGGGACAGGGACCUCGUGAGGGAGCGUGACCUUCCCCCGCGGGAACGAGACCUUCCCCCGCGGGAGCGAGACCUUCCCCGGGAGCGUGACCUGCCCCGAGACAUUCCCUGGGACCUUCCUCGCGAGCGGGACCACCUGCGGGACCACCCGAGGGAGCGAGACCUGGGGCGUGACCACCCCCGCGCGCGGGACCGCGAGCACGGCCCCUUCGCGACGCGUAGCCUGAGCCACGAGUACGACCCGCUGCUGCCGCGCUCGCCGCCCUCCGCCUGCAUGAAGAAGUCCCCCAGCGUGAGCGCCUCCGUGGGCCGCCACUACGAGCCGCCUCCGCGCCGACAGGACGGCACUGUGUAUCGCUCACUGCCGCGACCCGGCAAGAUCCGGGACGCAGAGGACGACGCGCUGCUCAAGUACCGCUCGCUGGACCGCCGCUUUGACCUGCCCUUCAGCGGCUCCCUGCAGCGCGUGGAGCCCGAGGAGGUGGACGAGGGGGAGCGACACCCCCCGCGCCGCUACAGCGCCUCCUCCAGGAUGCGGUUCGGGGACGAGAAGCACUUCCACGUGUACCACGAGAAGGAGAAGGGCAAGCCGCAGGAAGGCCUGGAGGACAUGGACGAGAGUUUUGUAUGAAAUGUUUUAUGAAAUAUAUAUUUUUAUUGGUG